AUGGACGGCCCCGCCCACUGCAGCCCUGUGCCCGUCACGCCCAGCAGGUUCCGGCUUCAGCCCAGCCCCAGAGGAGCAGGCCCCAGGUGCUGGCCUGGCGGGUUUUGGUCUGAGACUCAGUCACCGUGGUAUAUCUUCGGCAGCGGGACCCACCUCAGCGUCCUGGGUGGUCCCCCGUCUGCACCCUCGGUCUCUCUCUUCCCGCCCUCCUCUGAGGAGCUCAGCACCAACAAGGCCACAGUGGUGUGUCUCAUCAGUGACUUCUCCCCCAGCGACUUGACGGUGAGCUGGAAGGGAAAUGGCGCCGCCAUCAGCCAGGGCGUCCAGACCACCAAGCCCUCGAAACAGAGCAAUGGCAAGUACGCGGCUAGCAGCUACCUGACGCUGACCCCCGCCCAGUGGAAAUCGUACAGCAGCGUCAGCUGCCAGGUCACGCACCAAGGGAAAACCGUGGAGAAGAAACUGUCCCCCUCAGAGUGUUCUUAGGUCCCUGAGCCCCGCCACUCAUGGGACCCCCCCAGGACAAUCAGGAAGGGCCUUCCCCACCCAGACACCCCUUCCCAGCUCUCCACUGUACCCCUGAGACCCCACCCAGCAUCAACUCAGCCCAGGCAGGUCUCACACCCUCCUCAAUAAAGACCUAAUCAUUUAUCAUCUGA